AAUUGUAACCUUUCUGGAUCAUCAUGACAAUUGGCAGAUAAUCGACAGAAAACAAAUAUCAUGUUUCCUUACGGCCAUAACCAUUUUACUUGGAAUGGAACUCUGCAAGAAAGGAACAUUAUGCUUUGCACAGAGCGGUCUCAGCCAAGAAUGGCAGCCUCCCCAACUUCCUUCAGUGGUUUUGAGGUCCUUUUUUCAACUCUUCAGAAUGCAGCAGAUGCUGAGAGCACCUUGAAUGUCCUCAAUAUCUUGGAUGAGCUUUUGUCAGCAGGUACUGAUAAUCGUAUUGACUACAUGAUCAGAAAAGGUGGGAGCGAGGCUUUGCUGAAUGCACUGGUCAACAAUGGCUGUGGACUCAGUCCCAACUACAGGAUUCUGUUGCCAAUCCUAUACCUACUGGCCAAAGUUGGACACAAAGACUGCCGCAUAGGUAAAAAGGCUGAGGAGGCUGGAGCUGUCCUGCUGAUUCUAAAUCUGCUCAAAAACAACAUUCAACAUGCCAAGAGAGCUGCAGCAUGCCUCUUAGUCAUCCAAGUUUUUGCAACAUCAGUUUCCACGGCAAAUCUUAUUGGGUCAAACCAAGGCCAGGAUGUCAUUUACAAACUUAUGCCUCGUUAUACCACCAAGAAUCUGCAAACCAUCAAGGCGUCCAUUAAUGCAUUCGCUGCUCUGCUUUGCUCAAAUGCAAACAUCUGCUCAGCAGUAGCCAAAGGUUACAUGGUCAGACUCUUGCAGCUGUAUGAGGACUGGCACAGCAAGGAUACUGAACACUCCGCCAUUGAGAUCCGCCAUGCAUUGUUGCGUUGCCUUCAUAAAAUCACACACAGUGCUCUUGGCAGACGUACUUUUGUGUCACAAGGAGGCCUCAGACUUCUUUAUCAUACAACACAGACAUGUUUGCUGAAUAAAUGUGUGGAGUCACUGGUGGAGCCCUCGGUUCAGCUGAUGAGAAAGUGCCUGCCAAAGACCCCUCUACCACUGACAUCAGAUCAUUCAGCAUAUAGCUUCCCCCUGCCCGGAAGACAAUAUACCGUUUGCGGUGAAGCUGCGGUAUCAGAUGGCAGCAAUGCAGAGAUUGUGGAGGAGGAGGAAGAGGAGGAAGGUUGCCAAGAGGCUGCCAGCAUAGACUAUGAUGAGGACUUGGAGACGGACCUGAACAAACUUUGUCUUUGCCCUGAACCUGACAGACCCAAAGAGCUACUGCCACAGUACAGCCGUCUAUGUCCCGAAGUCUUGCAUGACUUCCAGGAGCUGGAUUCAAGUUCAGAGAGAAGUUCACCAUCAUCAUCAUCUUCAUCCAAUGACGACACUGGGCUUUACAACAAUGUAGCUUUACACUCCUUUCGGGCCAAAAAACGAUGGAGUACUGAAGUUCUCUCAAAGACAGAAAAAGGCACACCAGCUCAAACCAAAUCAGCUGCUGCCAUAUUAAAGGCCAAAGAUUUUGACAGUCGUAAUGGCAUCCUGAACACCAGCUCUGAAGUUGGAGGCAAGAGAGAGAUGAGGGGAGAAGUCAAGUUGUGUCCGACAAAUGAUGACCAAGAUAACCAAGAGGGAAGGAGCAGUUCUUACAAUUGUGCUAUGAUAGACAAGUUAAUUGACAGACAUGGUGUUUUCAUCCCUUACCAUAAACCCAUCAUGUACCGUGCUGCAGCCAUCAAAACUAAAUCUAUUCCAGGAUUCAACAUCCUGGCUUUCCCUGAUUUUUGGGGUCACGUCCCACCACCAGGAAAUGAACCCAUGGCCCCACGCAAGCCCAGUGUUCAGAGGCAGAAAGUGUUUGAAGAUAUCCAACGUUUCUUGAAUACUGAUGACAUGGUCAACCAAACUGUCUUUGACCUGGAGGAUGACAGCUCACCUGACAGGCCAGAUUCUUUGAGAUUUUUUUCCAGGUUUGAAUGUGGAAACCUAAGAAAGGCUGUUCAGGUUCGCAGAUAUGAAUACGACCUCAUUUUGAAUGCAGAUGCCAACUGUUGCCAGCACACUCAGUGGUUUUACUUUGAAGUCAGUAACAUGGUGCCUGGCGUUCCCUAUCGUUUUAAUGUCAUCAACUGUGAGAAAAGUAACAGCCAAUUCAACUAUGGAAUGCAGCCAGUGCUCUACUCUGUACGGGAUGCACUGAAUGGUCAACCCCACUGGCUCAGGUCUGGGACUGAAAUUUGUUAUUUCAGAAACCAUUUCUGUCCAGUUCGUGGCAGCCGGAAAACAACAUUUUAUACGCUGACGUUUACCAUCACCUUCAAAAACAAUGAGGAUGUGUGUUACCUGGCCUACCAUUACCCCUACACUUACUCUACUCUAAGGACUCAUCUGAACUUGCUGCAUCGAUCAAUUGAUCCUGCCAAGGUGUUUUUCCGGCAGCAGAUUCUCGCUGCGACUCUCGCUGGAAACGCCUGUCCAAUCGUCACCAUUACUGCCUGUCCUCCCAGCAAGAGCUAUAAAGAUAUUCACCAGCUACGUAAUCGGCCCUGUAUUGUGCUGACAAGUCGUGUCCAUCCUGGCGAGUCCAAUGCUAGCUGGGUAAUGAAGGGCACCCUAGAGUUUUUAUGCAGUAGUGAUCCAGUAGCCACAGCACUGAGAGAGUCCUUUAUCUUCAAGAUCAUCCCCAUAUUAAACCCAGAUGGAGUCAUUAAUGGAAUGAAUCGUUGUGAUCUGAACAAAGAAGACCUGAAUCGUCAGUGGUGUAAACCAGACCCUGUGCUCUGCCCAACCAUCUACCAUACCAAAGGCUUGCUUUACUACCUCAACAGUAUUGGACGAACUCCCCUAGUCUUCUGUGAUUAUCAUGGCCACUCUCGAAAAAAGAAUGUGUUUUUGUAUGGCUGCAGUGUAAAGGAAACUCUCUGGCAGUCGGGUUCUGCUGUUGACACGGCAGGACUGAAAGAGGACCCAGGAUAUCGGACUAUUGCAAAGGCCUUAGAUCGUAUUGCUCCAGCCUUUUCUUUCAACAGCUGCAACUAUAUGGUGGAAAAGUCGCGUUCAUCGACAGCCAGAGUUGUUGUUUGGAGGGAAAUGGGAGUGCUGAGAAGUUACACGAUGGAAAGCACUUUCAAUGGCUUCGACCAGGGAAUAUACAAGGGUCUUCAGACAGGAGUCGGGGAGCUGGAAGAAAUGGGACUGAAGUUUUGCCACAGUCUUCUGUCGUUGACGAAAGAUACGAGGGUCCUUUAUGGUAGAAAACUUAUCAACCACGUCAACCUGGACCCCAACAUCCUCGACCAUAAGUCACACAACUGUUUUGAAGAUGACGAGCCUCCGUGUGCUGAAGACAUUGAAUAUUCUACAGAGUGUCCUGGUCUUCAAGGCAGUGAUAUGGAAUCAGAUAUAAACAGAUGCAUGGCCAACGCUGAUGAGGAUGACAAUGUUGCUGCCAUAACACAGAUGUCCCUGAGACUCUAAAACUUUUUUUGGGUUAAAAUAAUUCUAGUCUGCUUGCUCCACUAGUAUGUUUGUUCAGACCAAACAGGUGUUCAAUCUUGGUCAGCUUGCAAGUGGACUGGAGUGCAGAGUGAGGAAUGUGUGGAUGUCAAUAGGGUGUCACAAAUGCAACUAAAAUCAGGCAAUGUUUAGCAAAACCCAACAGACAACUAAGAAAAAUCUCCAAUAAAUAUGUAUAAACUAGGGCUGCUCUGAUUGAUCAGCCCCAGAUCGGUAUCGUCCGAUAUCAGUGAACAAGGAAGUUAUUGAUAUCAGCCAAUACUAGCUUUAAAACGGCAAUCAGCUCCGCCCCUGCUGCAGCAGCCAGAACAAGCAUGUCUGCUGUGUGUGGGACUUCCUGUCUUUGCGAGAGUGAUAUAAGUUUUGCACACUGCAAAAUGUGCCUAAAAAUGUCUCACCGUGGUGGCACUCUGAAAAGCUUGAGAUUGAUGUGGCAUUUGGGGCAGAACACUUGUCAGGGUGUGGUGAGUUUGACGCUCGUGCUGUGAUCCUCCUUUAAGCAUAAUAUAUGCUAAUAAUAAAGACAAAUAGUAAGACAAAAAUAUGCAUGCUGACUGUAUGUUUUAAAAUAAUGGCCCAAAUUUCCCAAAUUGAUAUCCCUUUACAUAAAAUUUGGUGUAAUUAUUAUGUCAGCAAUGCGUGUGUCAUUCUGUUUACUAUCAUGGUUAAUGUUUUCAUUACUACUAGUACCCCUCGUAGACCUACCACCUGCGGGGGUAAGUAUAAGGGUCUGGUGCAUUGUGUUUGGGUGCAGCCCAUGACUUGGCAUGCGCAUGGUGUGGAUAGAAAUAGGUUUAAAAUGGUGGCUGUAUAUAUAUAUUUUUUUUACAUCAGUGAGGGGCAUGUGCGUUUUUCAAAAUAACGCAUUUGUGUGAACAUGGCCUGUGUCGCUCAACUGGCCUGAGAACACCUCAGGAUACGCCAGGGAGAGAGAAGUCUGGGCUUCCCUGCUUAGGGUGCUGCUUCUGCAACCCAAGCUCGGGUAAGCGAAAAAAGAUGGCUGGAUGUACGUCUCACCAAGUUUUGUGAACACAUUCUUGGAUGCUCAACGCUCGCUUAUAUGGAGCCCUGUAAACAACAUUAUGUGGGGGGUUUUUCAAGCCGCCACUACUUGUAAUCACUUGUGUUUUUUUGUCAAAUAAAGU